AUGUCUGGACGUGGUAAACAGGGCGGCAAAGCUCGCGCCAAGGCCAAGACCCGCUCUUCGCGGGCCGGGCUCCAGUUCCCCGUGGGCCGAGUGCACCGCCUGCUCCGCAAAGGCAACUACUCCGAGCGUGUUGGUGCUGGAGCGCCGGUGUACCUGGCGGCGGUGCUGGAGUACCUGACGGCCGAGAUCCUGGAACUGGCGGGCAACGCGGCCCGCGACAACAAGAAGACCCGCAUCAUCCCGCGCCACCUGCAGCUAGCCAUCCGCAACGAUGAGGAGCUCAACAAGCUACUCGGUCGCGUGACUAUCGCUCAGGGCGGCGUCCUGCCCAAUAUUCAGGCGGUGCUGCUGCCCAAGAAGACUGAGAGCCACCACAAGGCCAAGGGCAAGUGAAACAUAGUUCUUAACUUCUGCUUCCGGAACUCAAAGGCUCUUUUCAGAGCCACCCACUUUUUCUGGAAAGCGCUGAAACACUUCAUAAGUCCAGGAGACAUGUCUCAAUGCUUAAUGUGUGCUUGUCUUUUCAUUUUGUUCAUGCUAGUCUGAUAAUGUUUUGAGUUUGAAAAUGGAGAUCCGCUCCCAUGUUUACCACAGAUAGGGUCAGUUUAGUUGUUGGUCACUAUGCACCGUAAUAUCUUAAGAAUUUAUGAAGUUAAAUGUCAUUCCCUUUUAGUGAAUGAUGAAAUAGGUUUGAGCAGAAAGGAUCGUUGAUAAACGAAUUCUGUGUCAGGGCAUAAAUUAGGACUUGUGGGCUCUAGGUGACAUGUAAAUGACAAGACCAUGAUGCCUCUUAAGGUUGGAAUAUAUGUGCAGUAUAUAUGUGUAUAUACAAAUAAACUUGCUCUCAAAAAGUAAAAUAUGAAUAAAUGAGAGAACAAAGGAAUAGCUGACCAAUGACAUGUUAGGGCGGGCUUUUUAAAUUUGGAGGAUGCGACCAUUAAUUGUGAGACAUUUUAUCCAUUGGUUAUUUCUCUUCAGAAAAAAUGUAAUAAAUGAAGUACACUAAAAUCAAUACUACAUGAAACCUUGCUGUUACGGGCUCAAAGUGGACUAUGAAUAAAAUUUCGACUUGUAUUCAAAUGCUAGUGGAAAUCCAAUUGUACUUCUCCAGAAGGAAACCUGAGAACAAAUCACAGCGGGGACACUAGGAACCAGACUGACCUGCUCUUAUAAAUAAGGUCAGAAACAGCACCAGCACGGUAUGCUCUCCAGCCAGUUUCCUUUUCUGUUAUAAUGGCUUGCAGUAAGUGAGGUGGGAAGCCCCUUUAAAAGACCAGCAGGACCCACAGGCAGGGCCACUACUUUACUCCAGCGCCAUCUGGUUCCCCAGCCCGGCGGCAUUAUCUGACUUCUGUGCUUCUGUAAACCGCUUGCUUCUAGGAAAGUCAUACUUAGCCCUAAAAUUCUAUAUGUUCCCAAAGCUCACUCCUCAUUGGUCCAUUUAUAACACCUCAUUUGCAUAUGGCGCGAAUCUUCUCGAAAACUAAAAUUUUCUUAAACCUUAUAAACGGGGUCCAGAGGUUGGAGUGUUAACUCCUAUGGGUCUGCCGGCGUAAUAAACCUGAGUUUUCUAACCAUCCGAGUGCCGCUUGGUCUCUCGCCGGGAUCCAGGUUUCUGUAAUACUUUACUGUAACAUAAGCCGGCAGCCCGCAAGUGCACGGGCAGCGUGAAGAAGUAGCAGCGUUAC